AUGAACAACACCACCCACGAGAUCCGCAUCGUCAACGACUCCAACAGCCCCAAGACGUACGGCAUCUACACGGGCCCUACCAAAGUCACCAGCGGGGGCUUCCAACGCGCGAGCUCCAUCCUCUGGCACAAGACCGACGAGCUACAGCCCGGAGACGAAACCACGUUUGAGUACUCGCCCGAAAUCCAUGGCUUCGUCGGCACCAGCAACACGCCCGUAGUGCUCGGCGACGAGCUGAACCAGGGCACGCGGUUCCUCGUCGAAGACAGGCGCGACAUGUCGGGCAGCAACAUGGCGUCGACGCCGCGGGAUACGUUCACGAUGGCGACCGUCACGGGGUUUCCAUCCCCGAACAGGUUCGUCGUGGGCGUCGCGCGCAAGGACAUGCUGUCGCCGGACGGCAGGGUCUCGCCCGUGGCUGCCGUGGAGCUGGUGUCGGGCCUGGCGGCCCUGAUCACGCCCAGCCACAAGAUCAUUGUCAGCGCGCUGUCGGAGCCGCGGGAGAGGCCUGGCUGGGUGCACCGGGGCCCGUUUGCGAGGAACACAUAUGCUAGCGUCGACUUUGCUGGGAUGCAAAGCAGGGCUGAUGUGGUCGAGGCGAACAAUGGUUCAUUCAAGGUGGAAUGCUUUUGA